AUGUUACAGGCAUCUGUAGUGACACCUAUCUAUGUGGUGAGCGUGCCGGGGUACGCGGGCAGCCUCGCCGCGGCGCUGCCAGGCGGCGGGGCCGCCGCGUGGGAGCGGCUGGGCACCGAGCUGGUGCUGUCGGGGCUAGUGGCCGCGGCGCAUUUCGCCGCCAUGGAUCGCCGCUGGACCGGCUCCGCCCCAGCGCUGCUCGGCGCCGCAUACUGCGCCGCCAGCUUCGUCUCUAUGCCAUCACUUAACCCAGCGCGAUCAUUGGGGCCCUCCUUCGUAUUGUCACGUUGGGAGAGCCAUUGGGUGUCCUGGGUUGGUGGAAUCGGCGGCGGUGUAGCCUGCGCACUUCUUUACGAAUGGGGUACUCGUCGGCCACGCGCAAACACCAACUCUCGAGCGUCAUCGCCGAGGGACCUUGACGAACUGGACAAACCGUCCUUCCCAACUCACCACUACAGACACGCUCCUACAUACUGCUCAGCGACAGCGCCGCGACCAGAUAACACCGAGCCGUUGUACUCCGGGACAAAGUCAAUGUACUGCCGGUCCCCGCCUCCAGCGAGACACACGCUGCACAGGUCAGCUGAAGGAUCAUCAUGUCGCACAUCGCAGUCGGUGUACAGCAAGGGCAGCAGCAGUGCGGGCGGGCCGCUGGCGGCCGCUCAGUCUCUGCUGCUGCGGCCGCCGCACCACGCGCUGACGCUCAACCAGAAUACGCACAACGCACAGCGAGACCCCACAUAUGGCACUGCACCCAAUGGCGUCCGACCUGGACCCGCUGGCGCUGCAGUGCAAGAGCGGCGUGAAUCAGUGUACAGCUCAGGGACACGCCGGGGCCCGUUGUCGUCGGAAGACAGUGCGUACGGCAGCUACGCGCCGCACGGCACGCUCGCGCACGCCACUCACGCGGCGCACGCGGCGCACGCGCACGCCGCACACACCACGCACGCCACACAGCCGCGCACUUUCCGCGGCCCACCUCAUCAGCCCGAUCACUACUAG